AUGGAAAAGCUGAUUCUACUACUAUUGCUCGUGCAAACUGUCUUUUCUCUUACCCGAGAAGAACUUCUGGAACAUUUGAAAGAAAAACAAGAAACAGCAAAUACAUUCGACUCCCGUGUACCAAGAUUGAUUCGACCGAUCGGUUAUGUCGAUGAGAAACCCAUUUGGCCUCGUGUACUGGAAAAAGUCAAGUCCGAAGCCGAGCUUUUCUUCGAUGACGAUAACUUCGCUUACAAGAUAAGUUUGUAG